GUCCGCCCCUCCUCCAGGGGGAGCUGGUGGUUUCCCCCCCCCUACAGCUGACUGUGAUAAAUACAGCCCGGAAAAGGCGCAUCGGCUUUUAAGUGUGAGAAAGUCGCGUGUUUUGGAUGAGACACCUGAAAGGUUGGAUCGUCUCGGCCGCUCCGGAGCUGGUGUCCAGAGCUCAUGUCUCAUCGAGGACCUGCCGCCGUCCUGACGGCGGUGCUGGGGGCCGCCCUGGGGGGGCUGCUGCUCUGGCGGGCGUAUCGGACCAGGAAGAGGCCGCCUUUCGACCAGGAGGCGGCCGAACCCGCGGAGGCUCCGCCCACGGCGGACAGUCGGUGCCGGCGGGCGUCCCGGCGGCCCCCCCCGCUCCACUUCCUGUCCUCAGACCAGCUGCUGGGGGUGAAGCCGGUGGUGGUGAGCUGCGAGGACGACUGGCAGCGGCUCUGGCCCCUGGUCCAGGAGGACCUGUCCGUCUUCCCCGUGCUGGGCCUGGACUGCGAAUGGGUGUCGGUGAAGGGACGGCCGUCCACCGUGUCCCUGCUGCAGAUGUCUUCGUACUCGGGCCUGUGCGUCCUGGUCCGGCUGCUGGCCUUCUGGAGCGGACGCCACGCCUUCCCCGCCUCUCUGACGGACGUCCUCCGAGACCCGCGCGUUUUUAAAGUGGGCGUCGGCUGUUACGAGGACGGCAAGCGUCUGACGCGGGACUACGGUCUGUCUCUGUCCUGCACGGUGGACCUGCGGUACCUGGCCCUGAGGCAGAGGCGGGCCUCGCUGGACAACGGGCUGAGUCUGAAGUCUCUGGCGGCCGACCUGCUGGACGUGUCUCUGGACAAGUCUCUGGAGCUGCGCUGCAGCGACUGGGAGGCCGACCAGCUGACUGCGGAGCAGAUGUCCUACGCCGCCAGAGACGCGCAGGUGUCCAUGGCGCUCUUCCUCCAUCUCCUCGGCCUCAAACCCGACACCGGGCUCGCUCCUUCCGACGGGAGCUCGUACUCUGAGCUGGCCUCCCGCUGCCAGGGCCUGGUGGACGUGCCCUUCCGGGGCCGAGGGGACGGGGACGGCAGAGAGAAGAGGCGGCCGCCGCCGGCUUGCACGGUUCCGGCGUCCGGAGACGAGCAAACCCCGGACCCCCGGAGGAACAAGCGGAAGCCGCUGGGCGUGGGCUACUCGGCCAGGAAGUCUCCUCUCUACGACAACUGCUUCCUGCACGCUCCUGACGGCCAGCCGCUCUGCACCUGCGACAAGAAGAAGGCCAAGUGGUACCUGGACAAAGGAAUUGGAGUGCUGAGGAGCGAGGAGCCCUUCGUGGUGCAGCUGCUGUUCGAGCCGUCCGGCCGGCCCGACUCCCAGCAGGACUACUACCUGACGGCCAAGGAGAACCUGUGUGUGGUCUGCGGGAAGGUGGACUCCUACAUCAGAAAGAACAUCGUUCCUCAUGAGUACCGGCGCCAUUUCCCCACGGAGAUGAAGGACCACAACUCUCACGACAUCCUGCUGCUGUGCACGGCCUGCCACGCCGCGUCCAACGUGCACGACGGCGUCCUGAAGCAGCGGCUGGCCGAGGAGUUCGCCGCCCCUCAGGGCUGCGAGGAGGGCGUCCGCCUGCUGGAGGACCCGGAGCGCCGCCGGGUGCGGUCGGCGGCCCGGGCCCUGCUGACGGCGGGGGAGGGGCUGCCGGAGCGGCGUCGGGACGAGCUGACGGCCUUGAUCAGGGACUUCCUGGACGUGAGCCCGGACCGGCAGCUGGACGCCCAGGCCCUGCAGCAGGCCGCCGACCUGGAGACCAGGAUCUGGAACGAGGCCUACGUGCCUCACGGCCUGAAGGUGGUCCGGGCCCAGGCGGCGCGGGGUCUGCGGGGCCUGAUGGAGCUGGAGCGGCGCUGGAGGCAGCACUUCCUGGACAGCAUGCGGCCGCAGCACCUGCCCCCCCGCUGGGCCGUGGACCACAACCACGCCAAGCUGCUGCGCAAGCACGGGGAGGACCUGCCGGUGCAGCUGCACUGACCCCCCCCCCCCCCCCGGCCAGACGGACCUCCCAGCCAGGCGGACCCCCCCCCCCGGCCAGGCGCCCCCCCACCCCGGUGAGACGGACCUCCCAGCCAGGCGGACCCCCCCCGGCCAGGCGCCCCCCCACCCCGGUGAGGCGGACCUCCCAGCCAGGCGGACCCCCCCCCCGGCCAGGCGCCCCCCCCACCCCGGUGAGGCGGACCUCCCAGCCAGGCGGACCCCCCCCUGCCAGGUGCCCCCCCACCCCGGUGAGGCGGACCUCCCAGCCAGGCGGACCCCCCCCGGCCAGCCGCCCCCCCACCCCGGUGAGGCGGACCUCCCAGCCAGGCGGACCCCCCCGGCCAGGUGCCCCCCCCACCCCGGUGAGGCGGACCUCCCAGCCAGGCGGACCCCCCCCCGGCCAGGCGCCCCCCCCACCCCGGUGAGGCGGACCUCCCAGCCAGGCGGACCCCCCCCGGCCAGGUGCCCCCCCCCCCGGUGAGGCGGACCCUGCGGGCCUCCUUAUUCAGAAGCAGCGGGGGAAGAACACUGCCAGUGUGUUUCCAUGGCAGUCUCUCUCUCUCUCUCUCACACACACACACACACACUCUCUCUCUCUCUCUCUCUCUCUCCCUGCAGCCUGGUCGCAAUGAGACACUUUUUUAAUGACAGACUGAUUAUUUAUGGUUGAGACGUACCAGUGGGAGAAGCCCCGCCCCCCGCCCGCCCACAGGGCGGCGCUCUAACAUGGCUCAUGUUUUAAUGUGCCUCUUAACCCCCCCCCCCCCCCCCCCGGCUUCUCCUGGAGUUCUGCAGGUUCUCCUGAAUUGUGACUGAUCUGAAUAAAA